GCUGAGUCGCCACCUGCUAAGUCCAAUCCCAUCGAACUAAACAUUAUCUAAAUCCAUCGUUCGAUCAUCGUAACCACCACCGCCACGAAGAAGAAGAACGACAAGAACGAGGAGGAGGAAAAGGUCCUCCUUUGAAUCGCCGACGCAUCUCCCCUCCCUACCUUUGACCCAAUCGCAAACCUCCGCUUCCCCAUCACCCACCUCCAGAUGCGUGCAAGCUCCCACUUUGAUGAAGGAGACGAGGCAGGAUCGGAUCGGGUCGGGAGAGAGUGGAAUUUAAUCCAUAGCAAGCCACCAUCUCGCACCAGGUUUCCUUCUUCUUCUUCUUCUUCUCUCUCCUUUCUCUCAUUCUGAAAUUAGCGGCGAGGCGGCGCCGAAAGAAGGGAAGAAGAAAGAAAAGAAGAGGAAGAAAAGGGGGAGGAAGAUUGUGCUGUUGAUUUGAACAAAGGUGGGAGUUUUAGGGAGGGGGAGAUGGGGAACGUGACGUCGUCGGUGGCGGCGCGGUUCGCGUUCUUCCCGCCGGAGCCGGCGACUUAUGAGGUGUUCCCGGAGAGGGGUGGAGAGGAGGGACGGCUUCGCCUGUCCGGGCUGGCGCCGGAGAAGAACGUGGAGGUGCGUGUGGUGGAGACCAAGGCCGGGAACAGGGUGGUGGCCACCUUUUGGCGCCACCCCGCCGCGCGCUUCACUCUGCUCUACUCCCACGGCAACGCCGCCGACCUCGGUCAGAUGCUUGACCUUUUCCACGAGCUCCGCGCCCACCUCCGCGUCAACAUCAUGAGUUAUGAUUACUCGGGUUAUGGAGCGUCUACGGGGAAGCCAUCUGAAUUCAAUACCUACUGCGAUAUAGAAGCCGUGUAUGAUUUCUUGAAGAAAGAGUAUGGCGUAAAACAAGAGGAGCUCAUCUUAUAUGGUCAGUCUGUUGGCAGCGGGCCAACAUUGCACCUUGCUUCGCAAUUACAUAAUCUGCGAGGUGUUGUCCUCCACAGCGCAAUCCUCUCGGGCAUACGAGUUCUGUAUCCUGUAAAAGUGACAUUCUGGUUUGAUAUCUUUAAAAAUAUUGACAAAAUUCGAUUGGUCAACUGCCCAGUUUUUGUCAUACAUGGAACUGCAGAUGAUAUUGUCAACUGGACUCAUGGUAAACGCUUGUGGGAACUUUCGAAAGAAAAGUAUGAUCCAUUGUGGAUCAAGGGUGGUGGUCAUUGCAAUUUAGAGACUUACCCCGAAUACAUCAAACACCUAAAGAAAUUUAUCAGUGCGAUGGAGAAACUCUCCGCGAAACAAGCCAAACAAAGCAGUCAGCCCCCAUCGGCCAUUACAGAAGUGAAACACAACAAGUGUUUGCGAUUCAGGAAGUGAUGCUUUUACUAACAAUUCAAGAGAUUCGUUUGCAAGCCGUGCCUUAGUUCCCUGAACAGUUCUUGUGGAUACAACUGGUUUCUGGUGGCACCUUUCUUGGGCGAUAUGAUCAGUUGGAAAACAAGAGCAAGAUCUACAUGGAAUGUUAGUACAGAUAUGAUCCGUCUAAGGUGCAGCACAGAACUAGGAGAUUUUGCUUUACCAAGCCAUGAUCGACAUAGCAGAGAAAGAUUGUGCUUCAUCUUUAGGUUGACAGACAAGAGAUGACGCACAGGAUAAGGAUCCCGGUGAUCGAUAGAUAGAUAGAUUCGUAGAAAACUAUUGCCAUUUGUGUAUGGAAGUUGAACAAUAUGUACCUCAUCUAGAGAUAGCAUCGGCCAUUUCUUUGAUGUUAUUCUUCUGUUUGCGUCUAAACUGAACAUGGAUACUAAAAUCCACCGUCUUUGAAUGUAAAUUUUAUACAAAUUCGUUUGCGGAA